GUAGUCGCCAUCUUUGCUUCAAUCUUUCAGUCGCCUACAGAUUUGCGGGCGUUUCGUCGCCGUUUUUCAAUGUUUUGCUCAAAUAAAGCGUUAUUAUUCUGUUCAAAAGCAACGUAAAAAAACUUUCACACCAAUUGCGUAACAGUUAAAUGUGAAAAUGAGUUUUUUCGGAUUCGGACAAACCGCGGAUAUCGAAAUCGUGUUCGACGAUGCUGACAAACGGAAGGUUGCCGAAGUUAAGACGGACGAUGGUAAAAAGGAGAAGUUGUUGCUAUAUUACGACGGUGAAACCGUGUCGGGGAGGGUCAACGUGACGUUGCGUAAACCGGGAUCAAAGUUGGAGCAUCAAGGAAUAAAAGUGGAGUUAAUCGGACAAAUCGAGUUGUUUUACGACAGAGGUAACCACCACGAGUUUAUAUCGCUGGUGAAGGAGCUGGCGCGGCCAGGCGACCUCCUGCAACACACGUCAUACCCAUUCGAGUUUGCGAACGUCGAGAAACCGUACGAAGUUUACACAGGAGCCAACGUCAGACUGAGGUACUUCUUGCGUGCGACUAUCGUCCGCCGCUUGACAGACGUCAUCAAAGAGGUAGAUAUAGCCGUCCACACGCUGUGCAGCUACCCCGACGUGCUCAACUCCAUAAAAAUGGAGGUGGGCAUCGAAGAUUGUCUGCACAUAGAGUUUGAGUACAACAAAUCAAAGUAUCACCUGAAAGAUGUGAUAGUAGGUAAAAUAUACUUCCUCCUUGUCCGCAUAAAGAUUAAGCACAUGGAAAUAUCCAUCAUAAAGAGAGAAACCACUGGCUCUGGUCCCAAUACAUUUACGGAAAAUGAAACGGUGGCCAAGUACGAGAUAAUGGAUGGUGCACCAGUGAGAGGAGAAAGUAUUCCUAUAAGAGUAUUUUUAGCUGGUUACGAUCUUACACCUACAAUGAGGGAUAUAAAUAAUAAGUUUUCAGUUAGGUAUUACCUGAAUCUGGUACUUAUGGACACAGAAGACAGGCGUUACUUUAAACAGCAGGAGGUUACCUUGUGGAGGAAAAGUGAUAAAUCACGGUUGCCAUUACACAAUCCUCACCAUCCACAAAACCUUACCUCAGGGUCUCCACUGCGGCAACUAAGUGCAUCUAGUGAAGAGAACUCUGCGAGGGGCGUCUCUCCCACUAUACCGGAGAGUGCACUUCAGAGGUCUGUCUCUCCUCCCAUGCCCAACAUAGAAACACAUAAUGGGCCCACACAAAUGGAGCAAGAGGAACCCGAUCUAUUACCAACCAAACUGGCCAAUACACACAUUCAGCACAAUGAAACUGAAAAUCCUGACAUUGCCAACGAUAAACCAGUGGAACAACCCAAGGUUGCAGAGAAACCACUAGAUAAACCCCAACUCGAAGAACCAAUUGCAGAAAAAGUGCCUGAAAAACCACAGAUUUCAGAAAAGCCAUCCAUAGCAACAAAAGCAGCAGUAGAAAAACCGAUAGCAGAAAAAAUUGCAGUAGCAGAGAAGCCAUUACUAGCAGAGAAGCCAUUGCUAGCGGAGAAACCACAAGUCGCAGAGAAACCAACCAUUGCCGAAAAGCCUGUGUUGUCGCGGCCAGAAAGUGUGGAGGCUGCACCGAGUCAAUAGCCUAUAUUUACAUGUGCGGUAACCAUGUCUGUUACCGACGAAAUGAACUGUGUGUUUUCAUACAUGAAAACAGUUGUUUAAACCAAAAGUUUAAACUGAAAGGUACAUUGUUGAGGUUUGCUUGAAGUUACUUUAAAUGCAAAUUGAAUAAACAAACCCAAAUCUACUAUUAAAUAGGCUGGUAAGUAUUUAGUACAGUUUGUAAUUGAUUGAAGACAUAAACCCCUGAACCAAAUUUAGUGCCACUUAAAAGUCUAUAAUUAUGAAAUUGACUUUGUGAUUCAAAAAUACUUUAUUUGAGUAAGUCUUUAAGGUAGUGAUAAUCAGUGAUGAACAAUAAAGCAAUAAAUUGGAAUUGUUAUUACGAUUGGAUUACAAUUGUUAUCCAGUAUAGGGAAUUAUAAUUGUCAUUUGAUUAUAAUGGUAUAUUCAAUAAAUUAGAUUACAAUUGUUAUCCAGAUUAUGCAAUUAUAAUUGUCAUUUGAUUAUAAUUGUAUAUUCAAUAAAUUAGAUAACAAUUAUUGUCAUCAGAUUUAUUUUUUUGGAAUAAAUUAGAUGACAAUUGUAGUCCAAUAUAUCGGAUAACAAUUGCCAUCCAAUACAUUGGAUUACAAUUGUCAUCUAAUGCAUUGGAUUACAAUUGUCAUCUGAUAUAUUGGACUACAAUUGUCAUCUAAUUCAUUGGAUUGCAAUUGUGAUUUGAUAUAUUGACUAUUGCAUAGCAAAGGUAUUAUAAACCAACAAAAACAAAUCUACCUACAGUGCAUAAAGAAAUCAGCCUAUGAGCCAUAGACUUUAUACAUUUAGGCUGAUUUGCCUGUAAUGUUGCAUUUUCAUUGAAAAUGGACUAUACAACAAAGUUUUUUAUAACACAUUAGGUAAAGUUCCAUCAUAUUACAUUACAUUUCCAUUAUGAUUGAUUGUAUUUGAUGAAUAUGAAUAACUUUGCUCAGCUUGUUGGCUUAGUUUUUAAGCUUAAUAAUUUAAUACACACUAAUAGAUAGAGAUAAAGUCCUUCAAAAACUUUAUGAGGUAACAUAAUUUUAUUUUAAGAUCUAAGAUCAUUAUAAUUUUAACAAAUUACCCAUUUGUUCAUUUAAUUCCAUUAGGAUUUUGACACCUAUUAAUUACUUUACAUGCAAGUAGGUAAUACACGUUAAUUUGAAACUUGACAAGGCAAAGUCAUUGUAGGUCGAGAUACAAGACUGUUUAAAAAAAAAUAUGAUAGCAAGUAAAUACAAUUUACCUGCCGGUAAUAUAAUCCGAAUAUUAAUUUAAAUUGUAUUAAUAUUGUUUAAAUGAAACUAUAUUAAUUCACGACAAGAUUUUUUGGCCAAUCAAAAUGAUUGUAGCUUUCACAAUUGGUAUCUAAGUUUGGGCAAAGGGGCGCUAGAUCAAAUAACAUCGAUAUAAAAAAAAAUGCUGUAUAGUUUUUUACAAAACCCAUGUAGCAAUAUUAUAUUCAUUAAUUUAUAACUUUAUAUUAUUACAGUCUUAUAGAAAAAAAUGAGAAUUAUGACAACAUUUUUAAUUCAUAAAGUAACACUGUAUUUAUUUAUAGAAGUCAAUAUUUAAUCCCAUUAUUUUAAUUUAAGCUUAGCAUACUGCUGUAGACACAUAUACAAAAAUUGUACAAAAAUUUGUUCAGAAUCAAUUCAAAUGGCUAAUAUUAAAAAAUGAUUGUUGAAAUGAAAAUUAGAACUAUUGAUAAUAUUAUAACAAUAUUCAUCAAUUUCAUUAAAAAAAAAAACAUAUAUUUUAACAAUAAACAUAUAAAUCUGGCAAAAAGUCAAAUACCUACAGCCAAACAUAACCUCUGUUUUAAAAUUGUUUUUUUAUACAUUCACACCAAUACACGAAAUUCACUACAUAGAUCUUACAUAACUUAUGAGCUGAAAUAGAUAUCUGGUAACUAUCCAUCUGAUUAUCCUAUUUUAAAAAUGUACUCAGGCACAGUUAUCCGCCCUCUUUGAUAUGACGCGAGUAUAUUAAAGUGGGCGAAUAAUUGUGCCUUUGAGUAUAUAUACUUUAAUAUACUCAGCAACUUAUUAUUCGGCUACAGGUUUGACUGAAUAUUUAUAUCCAGCAAUUUCAGCUCUAAAAACAUCUACGUAGUUCUUGUGUAAAAAUUUCAAUGAAUUUUAAUGACAAUAUAUUUUAUUUAUUAACAAAUCAAAGUUUAAGUUAUAAUUUGUUUGAAUACCAAUAAUUAUGGUCCAUAAAAUUCAUAAAACACAAUGAAUCAUACAUUUUGUGCUAAUAAAUCAAGUAUAAAAUUAUGUAGAUAGUAGAUAACAUCUGAAUGCCUGAUUUCAUAAUAGUGCCAUUAAUUUUAGUAUGAUUUAUAUGAAUUAACAAAACCAGUUGUUUGUUGAAUAUUUACAUAGACAUGAUUGCACACAUGAUAAUAUUAUAGUAUAGCUAACAUAUCAACGGCUUUUAAUAUAUUUUUUAAACAUACUACAUUUUUUUGUGGUAGAUACCGUAACAUAACUUUAUAUAGGGUGUUGUGAAUGUGUUAUCUACCAUUGUAGAAAUAUGUUGCAACUAGAAAAGUGAUAGCCUAGCGAUUACAAUGUGCUGAUUUUCAAUGAGGUCAUGGCUUUUAUUAUUUUUCUUGCAAUAAAUCAAUUUAUUGCACCUGGCUUACAGUCAGUUUGCUAGUACAUACAAAACAUGAGAGUCUAGUUUGUACAAAAUAAUUUUCAACUCCAUUGUUAUUUUUGAAAGAUUUGCUUUGUACUCUUUUUUUCCUGACACCCCAAUAUAUUUUAUGUAACACAUCUUGCUUGUGUGUUAUGUAUAGACAGAGAAAUCAAUAGAUUACUUGUCAAUUGUUAAACUUGUUUAGUACUUUGUUGUGCCUGAAAAGACACAGUCCCCCCUAGCCAAGUGGCGCGUCGAUGAUGUAUGGGAAUUUGCUAUCAACAGAUCACGUGAUCAAGGUCAUUCCCUUACAUAUUUCUAGUUUUCGAAGCGUUAGUGAUCGUAGAAAGAGAAUCGACAUACCACUUGGCUAGGGGGGCAGGUCAUGACACCAAAUAUUGAAUUGUUUCGUCUCGUUUCUUUACAGAGUCCACUCUUAUGUUGUUCUCUUUUUGAGAGAUGUGAGGAAUUAGUCAGGGCUCUGUAGUAAAUUUUGUACAACUGGUUACUAUCAAGUUAAUUUAAAAGUAGCUGAUUUGUUUUAGUGUCGCUUAAUUAAUAGUUAUACAACUUAACAGCUACAAUAUCCUACAAAUUGCGUGGUACAUUAUCUCGUUCCGACGCUCAGAAAAUUUUAUGUCCUGGUAACUCUGUUACUGCUUACCAGCUACCAGAAACAAGAAGUUGAUUGUCUCAUCGAGAUGAAGCUACUCAUGAAAAAUUAACUUGAUAGUAAUCUGUUGUAAAAAAUGUUCUAUCAAUCCCAGACUAAAUGCUUUCAAUCUGUCUAUUUACUUCUCUAUCUACAGCAAACGGGGAUGAUGACUAGGUUUUAAUAUAUUGAUUUUUAUAAGACACUCUGGUAAAUAAAGUAACUAAACUAACUAUUAAGUAAAAACCAAAGCUUGUCUAGAUGUUUGCAAAAAAUUUUAAUAAAAAAAAUUCAACCGACUUCCAACUAAAAAAUUAACCUAAACUAAAAAGCAAAAAAUAACAUCUUACUUAUGUGCUACCUUCUGAUCAGUUUGAAGGCGGUGCCAAGCCAGUGAUGUUUUAAUUUAAGCCGUUUAAAUUACAAAAUUUCUGUGGUUCUUUCAGAAACGGCUUUAAUUAAAACAUCACUGGCUUGGCACCGCCUUCAAACUGAUCAGAAGGUAGCACAUAAGUAAGAUGUUAUUUUUUGCUUUUUAGUUUAGGUUAAUUUUUUAGUUGGAAGUCGGUUGAAUUUUUUUUUAUUAAAAUUUUUAUUUUUUAAUUUUUAGUGUUAGCACACCCACUGAGUGUGAACAAAAAUUAAUAAGCAAUUAGUUGAAACGUUAUUUUCUUAUGAUAAGUAUCUAAGUCCUACAAUCCCAAUUUUAAAAAUACUACCUUAACUCAUAUACAAAAUUUCACUCCCCCUUUAUCCACACGUAAUAUGAAUAUUCAUAAAAUCGUGAAAGGUGACUGUCCUCCGUCUUCAUCACCAGACCCCCUAUGCAGUCACAUUCUCAUCAAUUUAAAUUUAUCAAGUCCAAACACAAGGUAGCUACUGUGAACCGUCGAGGAGUUCCCUUAACUCUCCUUCAUCUUCGUCACCAGACCUCUAAUACAGUCACAAUCCAUCUAGGUGGAAAGUUCUCAUCAAUACAAAAUGAUCAAGUCAAAACACAAGGUAGCUACUGUGAACCGUUGAGGAGUUCCCUUAACUAUCCUUCGUCUUCAUCACCAGACCCCUAAUACAGUCACAACCCAUCUAGGUGGAAAGUUUUCAUCAAUACAAAUUUAUCAAGUCCAAACACAAGGUAGCUACUGUGAACCGUUGAGGAGUUCUCUUAACUGUCAUUCGUCUUCAUCAUCAGACCCUUAAUACAGUCACAACCCAUCUAGGUGGAAAGUUCUCAUCAAUACAAAUAAAUCAAGCCCAAACAAAAGGUACCUGCUGUAAAUCGUUGACGAGUUCCAUCGUCUGUGUUUCGGCUCCAUCAUCAGACCAACUCCAGACCUUCAUAAAAGUGUAGUGGUUUAAAAUAACUUAUGGAAACACUAACAAACGCACUAGCCGUCCCUACAAUUUUCGAAAGUUCCCCUCGAUUUCUCCAGGAUACCAUCAUCAGAUCCUGACAUGAAAAAAAUGGGACCACCCUGGAAUGAAACCCUUCAAAACAAAAAAAGAAUUUUCAAAAUCGGUCCACAAAUGACGGAAUUAUCGCUGGACAUACAUAAAAAAAAAAAAAAAAAAAAAAAAAAAAAAAAAAACAUACAUACAGCCGAACGUAGAACCUCCUCCUUUUUGGAAGUCGGUUAAAAAUAAAUGAAAUUAUAAAAUUUCAAAAUCUACUAAAAUUCUUUUAUCGUAACAUUUUUCAAUAUUCUAACGACCAGCGAAUCAACGACGUCAUUAAUUCGUGUCAUUUUAUGGGGCGUUUUUCAGGGAUCCGCGGCAGCGCCGCAAAUCUGACCUUUUAAAUCCCUGUAGUUCCGAAAGUAAUGAUCGCAGAUACCCUGUUACUUUUACAAAAUUGCUUUACUAUCAGCAUACCUCUAAUAUAAAUAUAAUUUAAAAACUGUCAUCAUCCCUAUCUACUCACACAAGCUAAUAUGUAAUAUGUCGAGUAAAAAUAAUUUACAUAUAAGUUGACAAAGCCGUGACUUCUGAUUAAGCAUAUUUGCACAUGUUAAGCAAACUGUUACGAUGUAUAUUAAUCAUAUGCAUAGGCUAUUAUGUUAUUUACAAUGAUAUGUAUCGAGUGGUUCAGUUUCGUGAACUGCUGGCAACAUGAACAUCAAUUUGUUCCAAUUGAAACUAUUGCAGUACGAUAUCAAUUGAGUUUAUCAGGAAAUACGAUGAACAUCGCCUGUUUGUCCAUUUUGUAAUACCUAAAUAAGGUUUUGUAUAGCAUAAAAAGUUCGUAACAUUCUUAGCCUAUUCUCACGCAUAUUUGUGUGACCUUAGAACCAUUAUUUAUGAUGGAGAAAUUUCAUAAGUUUAUAUAUAUUUGUUAUAUGAAUAUUUGUCCGCGCAUAUCCCGUAGUCUAGGCCGGAUUUUGCAAAAUUCUCAAGAGUAUACUCCAACUGUGUGAAUUGUGUUUUCUUAAGUUCGAAUACAAUUUUAAAAAAUAGACUCCCUAACUUUCAUCAUCAUUAUUAAUAACCCAUAUUUGGCUCACUGUUGAGUACGGGUCUUCUCUCAGAGUGAAAAUGAUGCACUCAAUAUGUCCUGUCAACGGAACUGCCCUUUCAUUAAACCAGAGGUUCCCAAACUAUUUUUUUCAUAGACCACUUUCUAAUUUAACUGGUUCUGGUGGACCCCCUGCUAAAUUUAUAUCCAAAAUUCGACAAAAAUAGUGAUUAGAUUCACCUAUGGAAAUUAUUGUUUCAGCUGAAUCAACAGCCACCACAAAAUAACAGUUUUCCAAUAAAAAAGUGAGAAUUGAUUACUUAGUUAAUUAAUUAAUAGCGCUGUGAGUGAAUAGAAAAAAGUAAAAUUAUCGUUUACGAAUCGUGAGCCCCUUUUAUGUCACGUCAGCGUAGAGUCCCGCCGAGACUUCUGUAUACCCCUGAGGGGUCCACCUGAGGGGGUCGACCUCUUCGGGAAUCGAUGAUCUAAAUUCUAAACGUUCGACCAUUCAACCCUGUCCUAGACCUAUUUUAGGAAAACAUCAAAUCACGUGAAAGGGGCGGAGCUCGCAAUACAGCGCGGGCGCAUAUAUGUUUAUCAAUGGCAAACAGUUGGUCACGUGAUGUGAUGUGGCUGCUUGACGUUGGCUUGCACAAGGCUUUUAAGUAGGGACUGCACUAUACGUACAAAGUGAAAAAUCCGUUCACUUUUUGCAAUUUGGGUUCGCAAUGAGUCCUCAGGGUUAGUAGUGGAUGUUUGUGUUUUUUGUUUCACUACAGGGAUACAUACUAGGCGAUAGAGAGCUUAGAUUUGUUCCAAUGUUACUGUAUUUGUCAAGCUUAAGGGUGAUAAUGAUAAUGAUAAUGAUAAUGAUGAAAAAUGGUAUAUCGUGCUCACCGAGGCACAAUGGCACCUAUUCACAGCUGAGAAUGUUUACCGAGAGUUUGUUGGAAGAAAGAGAAGCUUCCACAGUCUGACCCAGGUUUCGAACUUGGGACCUCGAGAACCGAUGCUAAAUUGACUAAUUUCUGGACGAACAAGGCAGAUAAAGUGUAUUUUAUAUAUUAAACUAACGAUAUUUUAAAAUGCAAGGUAGUUUAUACAUGUUGGUAAACAAUACAAUUAUUGUGACUUUCUUGAUUUGUGGGAUAAACAGGAUUAAAAUAAGGGUUCCGUUUUUGUACGUACGUACGUAGUACAUAAGUUAGGAACCCUAAAAACAGGUGAAAUUUAACUUUUAUGAAUCUUUUUGAAGAUAAGGGACCGAUUUGAAAGUUCAUUUUUGGGAAAAUGUUCUUAGCUUUGAAGAAUUGUUGAAGAAGCCAAUAGUAAGAUAUGUAUCAAUAUUUUUUCAUUAUGAUGAAAAUAACUUAAACAUUGCCGACAUUGGUCGGAUGAAUUCCAAUUUUUUUUUUAUUAAAUUAAAAUUAAAAAAAAUCAUCUAUAAUAUGAAAAAUAAGAACAUAGUUUGCCAAUGGAAUCUCAAUCGUUCUCUUUUAAAAAAUGUGUGAGAAAAGGCUAAGUAUUUUUUUUUUAUUCUGCGGUCACGUAAGAAACUAAUACGCUUGUUUACUCGAGUACGGAAAAAAAUUCAAGGACAUUUAUGUAUGGCAACUAAUUUGUUAUUAUAUAAUGUUUGGCUCGUGUUAUAAGAAUAACUAAAUAUAGAAUGGAAUCUUAUGUGCAUGCCCUAACGUCGCGUCAUACUCGUAUACAUGCCCUCCCGGCCUGCAACACCCCGCUGUCGCCUGUGGAUUUUGUUAGGGUUGUCAAUAACUAAGCAACCAUUAUAUUUUAUUAUUAUUUUAUGUUAAUUUUAAUUCGAAAAAUCAUAAAAAAUAAAUGCGUCUGGCACGAGAUUUACGUUUCAAUGAUACUGGUUAUUCUUAAUUGUUAUGGUUACGGUAACAUGUAUAUUAUGAAUAGUUUAUAAUUAGUGAUGUAAAAUAAAUGAAUUGGCAAUAAUAUUUAAAUUGGACCCCGUGUAUAGACAGAAAUUGUAAAUUCAUUAUCGAAGGGGUUAGAAUAGAAAUCGUUUUCAAAUGACGAAUUUUUGGUUUGAGUAAUAAAAUGAAGUUUGAAAAACUUGAUCCGAGCUACACAUAUUCUGUAUGAUAGGUUAAGGCGACAAUUUGUAUGACAGAGAUUCAAAAUAUUGAUAUUCUGAUCCCUUCAAUAUGUAUGAAUGUUAACUAUAAACAUACAUUUUUAUGUAUUAUAUUUUACUUGAGAAAGUGGCAUGUUAUUUAAGCGAAAUGAAUCUUGAUACUAUUUGUCUGUAAAAAGUAUACUAUGUACUAAAAAUUAUUUGAUUGUAACUAAAUGAUUAAUAAUAGUUACUUAGGUUUAAAAAGUUGUUAACUGUGGAGACAAAAAUGUAUAGUUGUGUGUUUACAUUGCAACUUUAGGACAUACCACACAUCGAUAUCUUUACCAUACACACAUAUUAAUAGACAAACUGAUACAUAUAACAGGUCCAAACAUGUCGUUAAAAUAAAAAAAAAAUCAAAAUUUUUUUUUGUAUGAAAUUAUUUUGUUAGCUCCACAUUUUAUUCCAUAACUUUUUAUGAGUAGGUCGACACUAAUAAUAUUUUUUGCAUAUACCUUACAAAUCUGUGUUACCUACGUAAUUUUGAUGUCCUUUCUUGUCACAGAUCUGACACAAUGACGAUCGUUAAAACUGAAUUAGUGCCUGGCUCAAGCCGUUUUCCUAUAUCAAUAGAGAAUUGAGUAUUUUUUCUAAUUUUCAAAAUUCUAAUUUAAAUGUGGAGCCCUUAAAAUACAAACUAGACAGCAUUCCGACGUUGGUUUGUUGGAAAUUAUACUUACACUGAUUCAAGUAUAAAUUUCUACGCCUCUAGCCGUGUUACAAUUCGAUUCGCUUUCUACAAACGCUAACACUUCGAAAACUAAAAAAUUCAUGGGAAUGACAUUCGUUAUCGAUAGAUCACAUGAUCAAGCUAUCAAUCGGAUAUGUCUUAUCAUACAUUUUCUUUUUCGAAGCAUUGGCGUUUGUAGAAAGUAUCGAUAUUUAAAAUGGCAAAACGUCGCGUCGUGUCUUUAGUCUGAUGUAUAGUCUUCUUUAUAAUACCCGCUCUUCGCGUUGGCGAGUACCAUGGCCAAUACGUUGGCCAUUAUGUAAUGCGUCUGUAAUAUCUUUACCACAAUAUUCGCCAUAGUAUUGGCCAAUUUAAGAGCGGGCAUAAGUCACACGAAACAUUUGUUUGUUUUUAUAUGAACUACCCACAGUUGGCUUUAUGUUAUACGGAAAAUAAAAUUAUAGUUAUCCUUUAUUCUUUAUGUAUAAAUUAGAGAGUCCAUGUUAUAUUGUAUUUUGUUAUUGUCUUCAGAUUGAUUUUAGCAUUGUAUUUGUAUAUUGAAAAUCUUGUCUCCCGUGAGAUCAAAGGUGAGCAUGUCGAUUAUAUCAUAUUGUUAAUAAAAUAUAUGUAUAAACUGCU